UGAAAUUCGUAAAAGAAGACGAAGUGUUUGUUUAUAUUUUGUGAAAGAAUUUAAUAAAAAGAUAACAAAAGUGCGUGCAUUUCUUUAGAAGACAAAAACAAAAUAAGAAAAAAAGUACAACGUCUUUUGAGUUGUUGGCAUUUGGAACAUUUAAUAAAUAAUAUUGCUGAUAUUUUUCAUUAUUUGAGCAAAACUUUAUUUAUUGAUUAACAAGGAAGAAAGAGGUCUUUGUUUACAAUUAAAACGUUCGCUAGAACGUUCUCCAUGCAAUUAAUUUAACGUAAACAAAAAACAUGGAACGUAGAGGACGCAUACCUGUGGCGAAAUUUCGCACACAGGAAGGUAAAACCCGCAGUCGCAGUAGGGUACGAGAACCGGACUAUAAUGAGCAAGAUCCCGAAACCGAUUUAUUUACUCUGCUAGAGGAUAAUAUAGCCUUAAAAGAGGAAAAUAAAGCUCUUAAAUUACAAUUGGAAGAUCAUAAAAAAAUACAAAAUGAAUUGCUAGAAGAUAAUACAAAACUUUCCGAUGAAAUGGAUCUACUAAAGAAACAACAUUUGGAAUUAGAUGUGGAAAUCAAGGGCUUGACAACUAAAUUUAAUAAAGUGCAAAAUGAGCGUAAUGCCUUGGAUAAAUUGCAUAAAAUGAAAGUGGAAAAUAUUAAUGGUUUACAACAAGAAUUGCAAUUAUUGCAAGACCGCCAACAGAAUUUCUCCACCAACCUGCAUUGCUCUCACAGUUUAAAAUCGAAAAUAGUGAAAAUGUUGCCAUUGCUCAGUGGCAACAAUGAUAUGGAAAGCAUUAUAGAUGUUGAUACCACAAUGGCAACUCCCUUGACCAGUGAUUUGGUGGAGAAAAUUGUUGAUGAAUUUUUAGUGUUGAAAAAUUCUAUGAAUUCAGUUGAGCUGCAAUUAUAUGAAGCCAAUGAAAAAAUAUCCGAACUAAUUGAAAAUCAACAUCAUUUAGAAGAAGAAAAUGAAACCUUGCGUACUGAGAAUACAAAUCUCACUAAAGUGGCUAAACUUUUAACCGAAAAUAUGAAAGAAAGUGUAGAGACUAGUAGAAAAAUGGAGUCUGCUUUAAUUAAGUUGAAACAACGUAAUGACGAACUGACAGCUAAAACACGCGAUCUAACCGAUGGUCCCUCAUCUCCCACAUCGACAACGACAACUACACCAAUACCCUCACCCUCACCCACCACCAUCAAAACAAAUGAAGAAUUUGAGCAAAUUAAAGAUGAAGUUGAAACACAAAAUCGUGAUCAUAACGAACGUAUUGUUGAGAUGCAAAUCCUAAUGGAGGCGGCUAUAGAAAAAAAUACUAACGAUGAACUAAAAAAAUUUCAAUUAAAACUAUCCAUAUUGGAAGAAGAAUUACGCCAGGCUAUAGCACGAGCCGAAAUGGCUGAAAAGGAAUUAGAAAAAUACAAAAGUCAGGAGACGUCUAAAACAGAACCCCUAACACUGCCUGUACUACCAUUACUACCACCGCCGCCACCACCACCAAUGCCCGCUAAUUUGCUUUAUAAGGCCCCUAGCGCUUCUAAUGCUAAUACUGCCACUACUAGCGCCACAGGCAUCUCGUCAUUACAAGACUCCACUUUUACAGACCGCAUAGCGCAGCAUAAUUUACAUAAAUCGAAUAAUAUUGGCGGUGGUCAGAAACUUAUUGAGACUGUUAAGCAACAAGUACAGCCAGAAGCAGCAACAGGUCUUGACGCUUUAGUACGUGAAUUGAAAUCUGGUCGUGUUACGCUGAGACGUAAUCGUCGUAAGACUCAAACCAACGAUGCUUUGCAGGAAAUGUUCCAAGUAUUGGAAAUUAGUCAAAAACAGAAUCGCAAUUCAAAAAUUUGUGUGGACAUGAAUUUUUAAAUAUUUAAACAAACAAAAAAAAAAAACACAGCAAUAGCAACUACUAACUACUUAGUAACAACAUCACCACAUUAAUCAAUCAAAAAAUUUAAGAAAUUCUAAAUUAAGAAACUAAACUGCCUUAAUUUUCUAAAAAGAAUCAAAAUAUUGUGUAUUUAUUUAAGUAUUUGUGUAAUAUUUUUUUAUAAAAAAAAGCUCAAACAUAGGCCUUUGCCAAUAUUUAAUUAUAUGUUAAUAUUUUGUAUAUACAAAUAGGUAUAUAACCGCUUAAAUAUGUUCUUUUCAUUGGGAAUAAAAAUAGUUGCUCUCAGUAUUGAAAAUAUUGCAAAUUAAAUUAAUUAAAGCAACUGAUAGACAAACAAAGUUGUGGCUAUUACCAACCAAAACAUUUCAAAAUUCAAAUACCUGAUUAAAUAAUUUGGUUUAAAAAUAUCUUAAGGGAACAUUUAAGCGGGAAUUAAUGUACUUGAAUAAUUAUAUAUGUAUAUGAUAUAUGAAGAAGUAUAACUAUUUUGUAACAACUAAGGAAGUAUUUAAAAUGAUUAUUUUUCUAUUAUUAAUAAAUAUUUUUUUACAUUUUGUUUCAAA